AGUGCACACGUGCGGUAGCAGGGAGACACCACGCUCGAGAUCCACUGAACCUUCUCCGCCUCGCAGCGAAGCCUCGUGUUCAUCAUGGCCGUCAGAGCCUCGUUCGAGAAGAACAAUGAGAUCGGCUGCUUCGCCAAACUCACCAACACCUACUGCCUGGUGGCGAUAGGAGGCUCCGAGAACUUCUACAGUGUGUUCGAAGGAGAGCUGUCAGAAACCAUCCCGGUGGUUCACGCCUCCAUCGCAGGUUGUCGCAUCAUCGGGAGAAUGUGUGUGGGGAACCGUCACGGCCUCCUGGUGCCGAGCAACACCACGGACCAGGAGCUGCAGCACAUCAGGAACAGUUUGCCGGACACGGUGAAGAUCCAGCGAGUGGAGGAGCGGCUCUCCGCCCUCGGGAACGUCAUCGCCUGCAACGACUACGUGGCGCUGGUCCACCCCGACCUCGACCGGGAGACGGAGGAGAUCCUGGCCGACACCCUGAAGGUGGAGGUGUUCCGUCAGACGGUGGCUGAGCAGGUCCUGGUCGGCUCCUACUGUGCGUUCAGUAACCAGGGAGGCCUGGUGCACCCCAAGACCACGAUAGAAGAUCAGGACGAGCUGUCCUCUCUGCUCCAAGUCCCCCUGGUGGCCGGCACGGUGAACCGGGGCAGCGAGGUGAUCGCCGCGGGGAUGGUGGUGAACGACUGGUGUGCGUUCUGCGGCCUGGACACCACCAGCACCGAGCUGUCGGUCAUCGAGAGCGUGUUCCGACUCAGCGACUCGGCCCAACCCUCGGCCAUCGCCACCAGCAUGAGGGACUCGCUCAUCGACAGCAUGGCCUAAGCCAUCUGUCGCCGUUUCCUGCCGUGAGGAGCUGGGCUGCGAUUGGCCGGGUCCGGGAAGCUCCGCCUGCUGGACUCGUUCAGACGUCACCUGCAGCUCUAUGACAUCAUCUUCAAUCUUCACUGAGGCCGCCGCCGUUUAAAUAUUAAUCAUCCGAUUAGAAUAAGUUCCGAGGGAAGUCGGCCGUACUGGCUCCUCUCCGCUGGUCGUUUCCUUCAGCGGCGCCGAGAGGAAUCAGAGAUUCAGCCUCUAUUUUUAACCAGGUUGGAAUUACUCCAGAAGUGAAGGUUCAAAUAAAAUCUAGUAAAUUGUCUGUGAUGAAAUGUGUCAGAGCAGAGUGAGUUUCAGGCUUCAGCUGGUGCAGCGAUGGCGCCCCCUGCUGGCUCGUGCCUGCUGUCACCUGAAGCUUUUGUUUUUCGUUUCCUCGCUCUCGACACAUUCGCCUUAAAACUGUCGUCGGUGUUUUUUGUCGCUUCUCUCGAUGAAACUGUAAGAAUAGAAACUAAAGACGUUAUUAACCGAGUGAAUUAUAAGCUUCCUCACAAAAUGUAUCAUCUAUCUUUGUCAAUAAAUAAAGUCACGCUCUUUUAA